CCCGGGACUUGCGCGCGCGACAGCGGAGAAAUUGCGAGGGCUGUGAGAUAUGGUCGCGAUGGCACAGAGUGCAAGGGUUGCGGCGCUCACGGAGGAGUUGGUGCAGUCCAUACUGCGGUUCGACCACGAGACGAACAAAGAGGCCUGCAGACGCGCGCGAGAUAUCGCGACGAAGGGACUCGGAGCGCAUCAGUACGCUCGGACAAACCAGUUCGACGUCCAGGCCAGCUUCGCGGGGCUGGACGAGAAAUUCCGCGUCUUGAAUCGCGACGGUCUGGCGGAUGCGCUUGAUGCACGCGUCAAGGAGAUCAACGAGCGCCGCAGCAAAUGGAUCCCGGAGUACCUUUCACUACUGCUUCAGCUUUCGGAUCAACCGACGGAGAAUUCGAAAAUAGAGGCGCUGCAAUUGUUGAGACCGCCUACCCCACCGCCACCUUUGACAUGGAAGCAGAUCUUAGAAGAGGACCCGUAUAGCGAUGAAGAUAUUUGGAAAGACGUCGAUUAUGCACUGGAGUCGUCAGAAGAUGAGAAGACGCCGAAGAGGAGGGCAAAUGCAAAACCGUCUCCGCCGACGAGCGUGGAAGACGACGAUGCAUACGAUCCGGAAGCCUGCGUUGUCCCUGUCGACGCGGCAGUCGUGAAAGAGGUCGAGGUGGCACAGUUUUGGAAGCAUGAGCUCAAAGAAGAGGAGCAGAAGGUGGAGAUCACGGAGUUGCAGGCCAUAAGGGAGACGCUGUUCAUGCUCGCCGGGCUCCAGACAUCAUUGUACCACACGGACAAGCACAGCUUUAAUAUCCGUGUCAACCAGAAGUACAUUUUCAGCCACGCUAUCCAGAGGACAACCAAUCACCUUCUCCACGAACUGGCAGGUAUGGGACGCCGUCUUUACCGAUUGCGGCAAUGGACGAAGCGACCAUCAUCCUUGCCGCUCAUCCAGACGUUCGAAGCUGCCGUCAGGAGGAGGCUCUCGGAUUAUGAUCGAUCUUUAGCACUGCUACAGCGGCGAUAUCUAGUACCUGGCAUACCGGUAGCAGUCAGCCUACUCGGGCUUCACGACGAGGUGCGAAUUAUGUCUCGGCCCAUUCUACGCUUGGCUCAAACUGUCACCGACAUGGAACCACAACUCCUCGUCAAUCCAUUCAUUCAUCUGGAGACACUGUUUGACCAGAUAAGCUUUGCUCAGAUGGCGCUGGAGCGGGAUAUAUUCGAUUUACUCUCCGGGAUCUUCUUUCAGUGCUUACAGACGUACCUCAAGCCGAUUCGGAAAUGGAUGGAGGCGGGAGAGCUGGGCACGAACGAUGAGACGUUCUUUGUUUUCGAGAAUGACUCAAGUAGCGAGGCUUCUUCGCUCUGGCAUGAUCGUUUCGUGCUUCGUCGUGGGAAAGAGAAUGCCUUGCGGUCUCCGGCGUUUCUUCAGCCGGCAGCGCAAAAGAUCUUCAAUACAGGGAAGAGCCUGGUCUUCUUGAAGGAGCUUGGAAUAUACGGCGCUGCCCUAGAUUCGUCUGAGCCCGAGCCUCGCCUAGAUCAUGAGACUGUUUGUGGCACAUCGUUCGAAACGCCGCUCUCGCCCUUUUCAGAACUCUUCCAGGCUGCAUUUCAGAGGUGGAUCAAGAGCAAAUAUUCUUUUGCUGCCACCAUCUUACGGCAACAUCUUUUCACCCAGUACGCUCUAAUGGAGAUCUUGCGCAACUUCAAGCUCUUCUACCUUGGUGGUGAUGGAUCCAUCUUCCAGGACUUUGCCGAUGCCAUAUUCGAGCGCAUGGAUGCUGGUCAAAGGGGUUGGGACGACCGCUUCUUGUUGACCGAGCUGGCGCGUGGGAUAUUCAGUGCUGCGCUAGGCCGAGUGAAUACCGAAAAACUCGUCGUGCGCUCAGCGCGCUCGAAGACACCGAGUCGGUCCGUUAAAGGGCUCGGAAACGUGUCCGUUGAUUACGCACUGCCAUGGCCAAUCAUGAACAUCAUUCAACGGUCUUCUAUGCCCAUCUACCAGCAAAUCUUCACUUUCCUGCUCCAGAUCUACCGCGCGAAGUAUCUUCUGCAACGGGUGUCUCUUCAAAGCAUCCAUGGCGUCAAGGACGCUAGACUGCGUCAACUCAGCUAUAAGCUCCGUCACCGGCUUAUCUGGUUCACCGACGUCCUUCGUUCAUACCUUACGGAAGCAGUAGUCGAUCGGUCCACUGAAGAUAUGAUCGCGGCGAUGAGUAAGGCAGAAGACAUCGACGAGAUGGCAACCAUCCACAUCAAAUACGUGGCAAGGCUGCAAGAACAGGCAUUACUUUCUCAGAACCUGAAACCUAUUAAUACGGCUGUCAUAGCCCUCUUGGACCUUGGCGUUCUCUUCUCGGAGGUUCAUUGCGGCAAUAGUCGCGAUAGCCUACAAGGAAAGAAUCAAACUGUGCCAGGCGGGAAACAAACGUCGAGAGACGAGACCAAAGCUUCUUUGAAAGCUUCUAGGCGAAAGAGUUUUAUUCCAGCUAUUGUCGAAGACGAAUCGUCGGAUUCGGAGGGUGGGGAUGAGGGAACUGACGGAGACACUACAGUCUCGAAGCCACCGGGCAAAUGUAGCUUCGAAGAGAGCCUUCAGACGAUAGACAAGGAGUUUGUACGGCUAUUGCCCUUUGCUAUAGCAGGAUUACGCAGUGUGGGAAGGGUUGGGGCAGAGCCUGUCUGGGAGAUGCUCGCCGAAAGGCUGGAAUGGGAUAAGACGAAGGACCGUAUUUGAGGCAUUUCGACUCAAUAUCGCGAAUAGAUACAACGCACAUGACUACAUUCGUCAAAAG